AUGAUCAUCAGUCUUUUUGCUCCGGAAUUCAUCCUGGGACAAGCUUGGAGUAAUCGACGUUCAGCAAUUCUCCUUGAGGAUCAGUUUGAAAAAUACCAGAGAGAAGAUAAUGUGCCUUGGAGCCGCUCGCAUAUUCAUUAUGCGAAUAUGGGUGGAUUCACUAUUCAGUUCAUUGGCUCAAUGAAUAAACAGAAUAUGGAGCCCUAUAAUCCCAAUACUACUCCUGGUCAUCUCCCAAGACGACACUCUGCAUGGUUUGAUUCGGAUACGCUACAAAUCGACAGCUGGACAGUCGACAAUCCUCCAUCAGGCUAUCGGCCAUUACCCGAAAGAGCGCGAAAUUCUCUAGACAGCGUAUUUCGUGACAACUUCCACAUGCCAAUGAUCAGAAAGUCAAAACUGCAAGCACUUGAAUGGACACCCGACUAUCUCAAUGCCAGAAAUGCCAAGAGAGCGAUCAGUAUAGUCUCCCCGGACCAUUUUACUAAUGAAAAGGAGCGGCAAUGGUUCCUUACUGGCCCUGGCGCUGGAUCCUGGCUAUGCAAUAUUAUUUAUCUUUGUGGAGACAUCUGGGUGCUAGAUGCCAAUCAGCUCCUUCUCGCGCGCAAACUUGGCAUCAUCGAAAGACUGCCCUCACUUUCUAAUGAAUCACUGAAUGAUCGGAACAAAAACAGCUUGAUCAUUACCAUUCUCGCAUUGGGUCAAAUUCUAUGGCUCUUGAUCCAAAUUAUCAUACGUUUUACUCAAGAUCUCCCAACGAGUCAACUUGAGCUCUUGACCUUGGCUUUCGCAAUCUGUUCGGUAUUCACAUAUAUCUUGCUUAUUGACAAGCCAAAGGAUGUUCAGACAUCAUGCACCAUCAAUGCUGUCAGACGCCCAUCUACCGAGGAGUUGAUUCUUAUUGCAAACACUGGUCCGACAUUUGUGGCUUCACGUCGGAGAAUUUCAAUUCCUCAUGACGCCCUUCACCGACAUACACGCGGACUGGAUCAGCAUCAGACAUUACUCCUUGGAUGUGCGUUUGUAUCCAUCCCUUUUGGAGCUAUCCAUUGCAUUGCCUGGGAUUUUGAAUUUCCAACAGAGGCAGAGAAAAUAUGCUGGCACAUAGCCUCUAUCACAACAAUUGGGGCUUUUCCGCUAAUAUUUGUUUUCUAUUACGUGUAUGAAACACUGGCGAGUUCAAUGGUAGAUAUGCCGUCUCCAAGACGCAAGACGUGGAAAUCGCAUCUUUUGGAUGUCUUCCUCGUGCUGGUACCAGUUACUGGGGUUUUAUAUACGGUUGCGAGGUUGUUUAUGACGGUUGAGGCCUUCCGCUCGUUGGCUUUUCUUCCAGGGGGCGCUUUUUCAGCUACCUGGUCAGCGGGAAUUCCACAUUUCGGUUAA